AUGAAUUCACGACCUAUGAAGCACAUCGAUCGCGAGGAUCUCUACACCAACCUCGAAGCUCGCGUUCAAUACCUUCACUCCUUCCUCGACUUCUCAAGCCGCGAUAUCGAGGCUCUCAUCACUGGCGCAAAAUACGUCAAGGCUCUUAUUCCCGCCGUCGUCAACAUCGUCUACAAGAAACUCCUCCAAUACGAUAUCACCGCCCGUGCUUUCACCACACGCAGUACCUCCUUCGAAGGUCCCCUCGAUGAGAUACCAGACGAGAACAGUCCCCAGAUUCUGCACAGAAAGAUGUUUCUGCGCGCUUACCUUAUGAAGCUGUGCUCGGACCCUAGCAAGAUGGAGUUUUGGGAGUAUCUCGACAAAGUUGGAAUGAUGCACGUCGGUCUUGGUCGCAAGCACCCUCUCCACAUCGAAUACGUGCAUCUCGGCGUCUGCCUUGGCUUCAUUCAAGAUAUCAUGACAGAAGCUAUCCUCUCGCAUCCUCGUCUACAUAUCCAGCGCAAGACAGCCCUCGUAAAGGCUUUGAACAAGGUCAUCUGGAUCCAGAACGAUCUCAUGGCCAAAUGGCACGUCAAGGACGGUUCCGAGUUCGAGGUUGGAGACUCUGAUAUCGAGAUCGAGAGCGAAGGUUAUCUACACGGAAAGCGUAUCAUUGGCGAUGCUGGCGGUUCCAGUUCUGAUGAUGAAACUUCAGAGCAAGCGCCUCCAUCAAGAAUCCCGCAUCCUAAUGGUGCGUCGGGUGGAGGAGUGUGUCCCUUCUCUGGGAUGGGUGCUCCAGCUGAGGACCAGUGA